AGCGAAGGCGGCUGCAGCGGGAGAUGAGCUGCAGCGGGAGGACGGUGCGGCGCAGCUUUUUGCGGCGGGGAGCCCUCCCUUGUCUCCACAACUCUAUCCCCCUCUAACUGGGAGCAGCUCGAUAUCAGAAGAUCCGUGGGUUUUGCUUCUAUUUGCUUCACCAUCACCACCAUCAUCAUCGUCUCCAAAGACAGGGGAAAUACGCUGCACCGCCGGACGUCAAGAUUUCGGGUUUCCAGGAUAAAGACCGCUCUCCUACUCCUUCCCCCCGCCCCUCUCCCUUACUCACCGCACGGCCCGUGCCCUGGCCGGGGGCGGCAGACCGGGGGUAACAAUGGUGAAGUUUCUGGUGAGUUCUGGCUGCGCCCUGGCUGCGUCGGUGCUGCUCCGUGUGCCUGUCGGAUCGUGGUGAGGAGAAAAUGAGCGAAGAGACGGCGACUUCUAACGAUAAUAGUUAUGCACGAGUGCGAGCUGUGGUGAUGACCCGGGAUGACUCAAGUGGUGGAUGGUUACCACUUGGAGGGGGUGGACUAAGCUGUGUCACAGUCUUCAAAGUCAUUCCCCAGGAAGAGAAUAGCUGUGCUGAUUUUCUUAUCCAUGGAGAACGACUCAGGGAUAAAACGGUGGUCUUGGAAUGCACAUUAAAGAAAGACCUUGUUUACAACAAAGUUACUCCUACUUUUUACCACUGGAAGAUUGAUGACAAAAAGUUUGGCCUCACAUUUCAGAGUCCUGCUGAUGCAAGAGCAUUUGAUAGAGGUAUUCGGAGAGCAGUAGAGGAUAUUUCUCAAGGUUAUCCACCCUCCCAAAAUGAUGUUGAAGUGGCAGAAGACUGCUUUCAAACUGCUCAAGAAAAUACAUCAGGUUCACUAAUGAAAGAUCACCUUUUUCAACAUGAAACUGUAGUAACCAGUGAAACUUACAACAGUGCAAAUUUACGGCCUUCAACAUUUGAGGAUUUCAACACCAGGAGAGCCUGUUUUCCUAGCCAACCUAACCAGGUCCCACUGAAGUCAAUCAGACACGUUAGUUUUCAGGAUGAAGAUGAAAUUGUCAGAAUAAACCCUCGUGACAUUUUGAUACGUCGUUAUGCAGACUACAGGCAUCCUGACAUGUGGAAGAAUGACCUGGAGAGGGAUGAUGCAGACUCAAAUAUACCAUUUUCUAAAUCAGACAGUAAAAAAUCUGACUAUUUAUACCCAUGUGGAGAUGGAACUAAGUUGAAUUCCCUAAAAGACUCAAAGAGUUCUGUGGUAUUUAAAACUCAGCCUUCCUCAUCAAAAUUUAAAAACUCAAAAAGAAGAAAAGAGGAUGGUGAGCGUUCCCGCUGUAUAUACUGCCAGGAAAGGUUUAAUCAUGAAGAUAAUGGCAGAGGAAAAUGUCAAGAUGCGCCAGAUCCUAUUAAAAGAUGUAUCUACCAAGUUAGUUGCAUGCUUUGCGCAGAGAGCAUGCUGUAUCACUGCAUGUCAGACUCUGAAGGAGAUUUCUCUGAUCCUUGCUCGUGUGACACUAGUGAUGACAAGUUCUGCUUGCGCUGGUUAGCGCUGGUGGCGCUCUCGUUCAUUGCGCCAUGUAUGUGCUGCUACCUCCCCUUGAGAGCAUGCCAUCACUGUGGUGAGGUGUGUGGGUGCUGUGGAGGAAAGCAUAAAGCUGCGGGAUGAAUCAGUCUUGUGCCAAACAGAGCUGAAAAAUCUUUGUUUCCAGGAAGCAUCUAACUUGGAUUUGUGGAAGCUUUUUGGCAAGCUGAAGGGAAUCUUCUUUCACAUAAGAGAUGCUUGAUGUGGAGGAAGCAACGAGACUUGUCAGACCUUGGCAUUUUACAAGUGCUAGCCACGCCUAACUAUUUGCUUUGAGCGCGUGGCAUUUGUUGCAAGUUGUGAAGGAGAUUUUGCGAAGGAAAGCCUGUUCUUAUUAUUGGCUAUAAAAUGAGUAUAUAAACUAUGAUUAUACUAAAAGGGAUUAACUUUUGCCACUUUGUACAUUCAUGGUUUAGGUGAGGGGGCUCUUUUAAAAGGAUUAAAACUUAUCUGAGGGGAAAUUUUAACUAAAAGUGCACUAGUGACAGUUGAUUUAAGAUUAAGAAAAGUUAAUACUCAGCAAAUGAGAAAUGAAACUGAUUUUAAGUGCAACUAAAUCACUUAUUAAUAGUUUUUUGGAAGCAACUUUAUGUAUAAAUAACAAAUGUUUAUAUUUAACUAAAUGUGUAAGGUACGAAUUAUUACUUGUUAAACUUUCCUUGCCUCCGAUAUAGUAGGUAUGGACCAUAUCUACUGUCACAUUCCAUGGUAGUAUUUUAAAUAGUUAAUUUAGCUGCAUUUUUAUUCCAGAUGGACAAAUUGAUAUUUUCAGUCCUGGUUCCCUUCAGCUACAGUUUGUGUUGAGUUGUAUCCAUGCAUUCUGAUAAUCUAAAAACCUUUAAAAUAUUAAUUAUUCUAGUCUUGAGUGACCAAUAUUUUUUUUUUUUUGUUAAGCACAGAUGUAAUUGUCUAAAAUGUUCUUGUUAGAACAUAACAUUUAUUUUUAUAUAUAAAUGACUUUGAUUUCAACAUAAUAGCAAAAAGGACGUUGUUUCUGUUGUUCAACCAGCAAGUUGUUUUCUUUUGGGGUGUCCUCCAAAACUGCUUUCUUGCAUAUUCAAAUGUUCAUUAAGCAAAAGGUACAUUAAGGCAGUUGUAACAAAUUGUCACCAGUGUUCUUGUUUAUCCUUCUGUUAAACUAGGAUCCUGUUCAGCUGUUUAUCAAGUACUAUGAUUAAAACAAAAGAUUAAUAACAAAA